CACCCAGUUCAGACAGAGUUCUCUUCUCCUUCUCCACCACUCUCUCCACUCUCCAGAGUCCAGCGGCAGUAACCACACCCCCACCAGCGACUUCGUUCUUCUUGUUCUUCGUUCUCAGUAGUUUGAGAUAGCCAAGCAAGAGAAGAAACGGACAAGAAUUCUCCAGCGUACGGAAGAAGACUUCAUCCGCUCUCUUGCCUUGGACAUGGCCAACCCAAUGCCCAACUGCCACGUGGUGGCUAUGCCGUACCCUGGAAGAGGCCACAUCAACCCAAUGCUCAACCUCUGCCGCCUCAUUCUCAGUUCCCGGCCGGACAUUCUCGUCUCCUUCAUCGUCACCGACGAGUGGCUCGGUUUCCUCACCGCCUCCCCGCCGCCGACCCCGCUGCCGCCCAACUUCAGGUUUCUCUCCAUCCCGAAUGUCAUUCCGUCUGAGAUCGGCCGAGCCAAGGACUUCCGCGGCUUCUACGAGGCCACUGUCACCAAGAUGGAAGCUCCCGUCGAGCAGCUCCUGGACCGCCCCCCCUCGCCGAUGCCAAGAGUCAUUAUAUACGAUACGUACUUGAGCUGGGUGGUGGCCGUCGGGAACCGGAGGAAUAUUCCGGUAGCGUCGCUUUAUACCAUGUCCGCCACCGUCUUCUCCAUCUUUCAUCAUUUCAACCACAUUCGGAACCGCCAUUCAUCUCCAAAUCUCUCAGAUGAGCAAGAGAAGGAGCAACUGGUGAACUACAUUCCCGGAGUCCCUUCAAUGAGAGCUGUUGAUCUCCCGACGCCGUUCGGAGGUAAAGGCCGAGAAGUACUACCUCGAGCACUAGAAGCCAUCAACUUGGUACCGAAGGCACAGUAUCUCCUCUUCACUUCUGUUUACGAACUUGAAUCCCAAGUUCUUGACGAUUUAGCACAGAAACUUCCCCUCAAAAUCUACUCCUUAGGCCUUGCAAUACCUUACUUGGACGUUGAAACAACAACGCCUACAAAGCCGGAUUACAUGAGAUGGUUGGACGCCCAACCUGUGGGUUCUGUGUUGUACAUCUCACAGGGCAGCUUCCUUUCCGUCUCAAAUGCUCAGCUGGAUGAGAUUAUUGCCGGGGUGCGUUGUACAGGCGUUAGGUUCUUGUGGGUUGGGCGAGGCGAGCAUGAUGGGGCUGAAGGGAACGGGAUUGUGGUGCCGUGGUGUGAUCAGCUGAAGGUCUUGUGCCAUCCUUCGGUGGGAGGGUUUUGGUCACACUGCGGGUGGAAUUCUACUAAGGAAGGUGCAUUUGCAGGGGUUCCGAUGCUGACGUUCCCGAUAUUCUGGGAUCAGGUCACCAACAGUAAAAUGAUUGUGGACGAUUGGAAGAUGGGUUUGAGAGUGAAGAAGGACGAUGAGAGCGUGGUGACAAGGGAUGAAGUUGCUAGAAUCGUGUUGAGGCUUAUGGACUCUGAGAGCGAGGAGGGUAAGGAGAGGAUGAGACGAGUUAAAGAGAUUCGGGAUAUGUGUAGGAAUGCAUGUGCAGGAGGCGGAUCGUCUGAAACCGACAUUUUAGCUUUCGUUAGGGAUAUCUCAGGUUGUUGAUGUCCAGAUAGAGCUGGACUGUGGAUUUGUUUCGAAUAUGUUUGUUGAUUUUACGAAUUAAACGGUGUGUUGAUCGUGCUAUUAAAUAUGAAGGGUGGAGCAAGCUAGCAUCAAAUGUGAUUUCUAUCUGAGAAAUGGUAGCAUUUUGGUUGGGGAUAGAUCGAUGUCUCAGAAUGCUGAUGUCCAGAUACAUUGAGCAAGAUUUGUUUGAAUUCUACGCUAUGUUGUCCUAAAACCGUGAAUUCCUCUCAUUUAUGUUUAUCAAUUUCGAGGUUUUA